AUGAUGGGCGACAACGAUAUGGUAACUCCGCAGUCAUUGGAUUCUGCGACUGAUGAUGCGCCAACCAAUAUCCUCUCAACUUCACAGGUUGAUGCCUCAGGCAAAAAAGAGCAAAACACCUCCGACUCUCGACCGGAGUCUCCAGACGCAGACUCUCCUGAACCUGAAGAAUCCACUACAAAGUCUACUGCCCCAUUACAAAAGCGACGGAGAGUCACUCGAGCUUGCGACGAAUGUAGGCGGAAGAAGAUCAAAUGCGACGGUAAACAGCCUUGUACACAUUGUACGGUCUAUAGUUAUGAGUGUACAUAUGAUCAGCCAUCCAAUCGUCGACGCAAUCCUGCACCUCAGUAUAUUGAAGCCCUAGAAUCGCGACUACAAAAGGCUGAGGCCGUGUUGCGCUCUGUCCUCCCCGGACUCGACUUGGACGACCCUAAAUUCGAUGCUCAGUCUAUCCAACAAUUGGUUGAGUCUGCCCGGAACCAUACUCGACCUGAGGCUAAAUCAACAACGUCCGCACCCGAAUCAGUGAAGCAUGAUGAUGAUGCUCAACUACAGUCCAUGGUGGAUCGGACCGGAGCUCUUGAUCUUGACGACACUGGCAACUGGGAUUUUCAUGGACAUUCUUCUGGUUACGUUUUCAUGCGACGAUUCCGUGCCCAGUUUGGCGACCAACUUCUCCCUGACUCCAAGACACUCAACAAAACGAGGACAAUUACUGGGGUUCUCGAGUCUCCUCGAUCAGCCCAAUCAUCGCCUUAUGACUUCAAUCUUCCUGCCGCGGUUGACCUACCACCGAGAGAAGUCGCUAUCGAAUUGUGUUGCAAUACCCUUGAUGACUGUUGCGCUUUAAUGCGACCUGUUCAUAGACCCAAUUUCUUCAGACGUCUUAACAAAUUGUACGACACAGAACCCGAGCAGUACAAUAACGAACAUGUACAGUUUUUACCUCUUCUUUACGUCGUCAUGGCAGUGGGCUGCUUGUUCUCAAAGGCGGAGAAUGACUACACAACUCUUGAUAUCAAAGGCUACAAAGAAGCUACUGAACAAGGAUACCAGUAUUUCAACACUGCAAAACAGAUGCUGGACAUCACAGACUGUAGAGAUCUCACCUCUCUCCAGGCUGUGGUGUUUAUGAUCUUGUUUCUUCAGUCGACAGCAAAGCUUGUGACGUGCUACGCCUAUAUUGGUAUUGCGCUGAGAGCAUGUUGUCGUCUCGGCAUACACAGGGUCGUUUCGCACAAGUUCAAUCCUAUUGAGUUGGAAGAGCGGAAAAGGGCAUUCUGGCUUGUUCGAAAAAUGGAUUCUUACGUCGGUGCUGUACUUGGGCUUCCACAAAUGUUGAGUGACGAUGAUUGCGACCAGGAGUUUCCGACCGAGGUUGAUGAUGAGUAUAUCACUCCAGAAGGCAUUCAACCUAUGCCAGCCGGUGUCUUCUCUCUCAUGAAGGCGACCAAUGCGGGUACGAGAUUAACACAUACCUUGCGUAAAGUGGUGCGAUUUAUCUAUCCGAUCAAAGGCUUGAACACUUCGCAAACAGAUCAACACUACACCAUUAGCCACCGUCGAAUUCGCGAAUUGGAGCGGGAUCUUCAGGUUUGGAUGGACGAAUUACCUAUGGAAUUAAGACCUUCGGAAAAUGCGACCAGAGAACUUGCCAGAGUACAACAACUACUUCGCAUUUCCUACGCCCACGUACAGAUGAUGAUCUAUCGCCCUUUCCUACACUACGUUUCACAAGCUUGCCAAACCAAAAAUGUUGACAAGCGAAGCUUUGCUUGUGCAGCUGCCUGCAUCAGUGUAAGCAGAAACAUUGUGCAUAUCACGAGUGAAAUGAAGCGACGGGGUUUACUGGUUGGAUCGUAUUGGUUUGUGAUGUAUACAACCUAUUUCGCCAUUCUGUCGCUCGUAUAUUUUGUUAUCGAGAAUCCCAACAGUCCGACCGGGCAAGAUAUUCUAAAGGAUGCAGUUGAAGGCAGAGACACUCUUGCAAGCCUUGCCAAGCGGAGUAUGGCUGCUGAUAGAUGCACGCUGAGCUUGAAUGUCCUGUUUGACGCUUUGCCGACCAAGUUACAGGAGCGAAGAAGUUCUACAAAACCUAUUCCGAGUACGGCUCGCAAGAGGCCUCCACCCGGUAAUGAAGCAACUCAAGAGAAACCUCAGACAUCGGGAAUCGCCACUCCAAUCAGUCUUCGGGAGCCUACUGGUCCCCCAGCACGUGCACGAACCUUCCCCUCUGAUUUCCUUGCGAAGAUUGCAAAACGAAACUCGAUGCCGGAAGCUCCUGCUAUGGCGAGCUUCAUCGAUGGUGUUGCCCCACAGCCCCCUAUGGUUGGGUUUGGAAGUCCGUCGACGGCCUCGCCCAUGUCUCCCAACUUCGAUUUCACACCUCAAAUGGCAAAUGCACAAAUUCCCGAUCUCAAGAAUGUUAUGUUUCCAAGCGACAAUCCAUUUGCGUAUCCCAAUCAACCGAUCAGUACGUUGGAGUCCUCAGAUGCCCAAUAUUCGUUCCAAGAUUCGGGCAUGGAUGCCUUCACCGGCCCCAGUGACCAUCACAUGUACGAAACACCCACCACCAAUGUCGGACAGAUGCCACAAUCCACCUCAGCGCCCAACUAUGAUUUUCAUUAUCAGCGGGCGCUCAAUGAUCACGCAGGUUUAAUGCAAGGCUAUGGUGGAAAUGCCAACCAUUUUGGGGCCCCAUUGACCGACCUCCUCAUGCAGAACACGUUCGGUGCCGAGCACAACCCGCAUUUCAGCCAUAAUAGUCAGAUUCCCAACAUCCACGAUCCCAUGACGACCACGAGCGACCUUUCCGACAACACAGGCCCACCAGGAUCGCAGAAUUCGGAAGAGUACUGGAAUAGACUGCAGAAGAAUGACGUGAGCUUGAGGACCGGCCUCACGCCGAGUGCGGAAGCCGGGCUCAACGAUUUCUUCACGCCGGAGAGCUGGGGCACGAAUUGGAACGGUCAGCACUUCACCAACCCGCAGUGA